UUCUCUUCAGCCAUUGGCUCUCACACUGCCGGAAACAGGUUGUUAAUAUCUCAUCCAGAGAAAGCCAGGCUAUGAAUUGUCAAAUUAUUGCUGUAAUCUAAUGAUACAUAUAUUGUGUUGUCAUUCAUUAGAGUCAUUUAAAAAUGGCGGAACGGUUUGAUAAUCUAGAAGAGCAUCUCGAGAAGUUUGUGGAGAAUAUUCGUCAACUCGGGAUCAUCGUGAGCGACUUCCAGCCCAGCAGCCAGACAGGACUGAAUCAGAAACUAAAUUUCAUGAUUUCUGGACUACAAGAUAUCGAGAAGUGUCGUCAACAGCUCCAUGAGAUCAACGUUCCUCUGGAGGCGUUUGAAUACAUCGACCAAGGACGGAACCCACAACUCUACACCAAGGAGUGUCUGGAAAGAGCCUUAGCCAAAAACGAACAAGUGAAGGGGAAAAUCGAUACUAUGACGAAAUUCAAGAGCCUUCUCAUUUCGGAGCUGGGCAAGGUGUUUCCAGAGGAGAUGGCCCAGUACAAGGCCAUACAUGGGGAAGACCAUCACUCCUAGUGCCUUCCCUAUCGCCAGCACACGGUGCACCUCCAGGACACAGUCAGACUAGACCUCCAUGUCUCCAGCAGCCUCUGAAUACAAGCAGGCUACCAUGACCGUCAACGACACAACUCCACUUCAUCCAGAGCUCUGUUGGGUAUACCACCGUGUACUGCAGGGGCUGAUGAGCCACUUCUGUUUGUUUUCCACGAUAUCUCUCUGCCUCACUAAAGGGCCUUUUCUCCAAAGCUGAGGUCCGACUGCCUCAACGUGGGCUUCCGUCUUUCUAAAGCCAGUCUGUAUAUUCAGGGUUGUUGAUGGACAAAUGUAUCAAGUGCAUUGAGGGGGAGUCUGCGUGGGUGGAGUCGGUUUGAUUGUAUUAUUGUUAUUAAUGUUAUCAUUGUUAUUAUUUAUUUUGCUGGAUUGUAGUUGUGGUGUUGCCACAGAGGGUCACCAAUGCUGGAGACAAGAAAGACACAUUUCUAUGUUUUUACAGAGGGACCGGUGCAGGAGGGAAAAUGUACACACAAAUAAAUGAUUUUGGAUAUGUAUUUUGCGAUUCUGCAUUGGGAAAGUCAACCGACACCGGUUGUAAAUAGGUUUUUACUCCUUUUCCUCCCCCUGUUUUUGUAAGGAUUUGUAAUCAUUGUGCACCACAGUGAAUUUGUACUGCGAUUGAUAGUUUUGAAACCCGCAAACCCCUUUGUGUUUAGAUUUUUAUGUUUGAUACGCCAGGGCUUAGUUUAUUCUUUAUUUGUAUUGCCAUUUUUGUUAAUAAAUAAGACACUUAAUCGCCAAA